CGGGGAAAUGGGACCGUGAAAGUAUGGCGGAUGCCGAGGAGCCGGAGAAGAAAAGACGGCGAAUAGAGGACGUGACCGAGAAGUUAGUGACGAAUGCUAAAUAAAGGUCUCUGACUGGCAGCAGGUUUGCGUUGCACUCUGAGCAGCGACUGCUGGACCAGGAGACACGACCAAUAUAAUAUUAACUUAAUAACCCAGUUAGCGCUUUGCACCAUUCACCCGUUGACACGAUGUAUCCAUUCGCAGCAUCAAACAUAAUGCAAAGACCCCGCACCGCACCAGUCCUGCAUCCUCCAUGCGAGACAAAUCCGGAAUAACCAGCACAUUGCAGCUGUAAACGUGACCAAUUCCACACUAACGUGUCCUACUAAUCCUAAACACUCACACAAGUACACUCCAAUAAGUCAGUUAUGCAUUCUAAUAUGUAGGUUACUUCAUUCAUGAAUGACAUGUCGCACAAUGCAACGUACAAGGAACACAUAGAGUAACCAAUUCAAGCUGAACACAUACAGUUUAAUAGAUGGUGGCAUUCCAAAUGAGCAAUUUGAUGUUAUGACACACACAGUAUAUUGAUUUGUUAUAUUUAAGCUGCAAAAACAGCGUAGUGGAAAGGUAUUACUGUAAAGUAUUUAGUCCAUACUCUAUACCAGUCUGGUUGUUGCACUGCAUUCAGUUAGUCACAUCACUUAGUGCAACGGUUCCCAUCUUUUAUUUUUGUUGGCUAUGACCCAUCAACAAUAAGUCAUCUCUAUUGUGUGAAUGCAUGUAUAUGAUAUGUUAGAUGUUUAAAUGAAGAGGGAUUUCCCCCCCUCACACAGUUUAUUUUGAAAAUCUUUUAGAGGCCACAAGAAGGAAAAUAUUCCAGAAAAGUCCUAAAACUAAAAAGAAAUGUUGUAGAAUUAUUUCUGUUAUUGUUAUUUUUGGUUAUUGUAUUAUUUCCUACAUGGCUAAUCUUGUUGUGGCCCCUUAAAUCCAUCUCUCAUCCCCAUGUGACUAACAGGUUGGGAAUCACUAGCCGGAGACUUUUGACAACUAGGCUGCGUAAUCUCAAGAGAUUAGUAAAAAUUUUCACCUAAAUAAUAUUGUUCAAAUCCAGGUGAGGUUGACUCAUGAACAGUGUGUUUGCAGUUUGCUGGGUUAUCAUAAAUCAAUGCUCAAUAGCAGUUUAGUUGCUUUUUUUUCUCUUAUUUUCAUUAAGCCUCUUUCAUCUGUGUUUACAUAUUUAUUAAUCCCCAUCACUGUUAUCAACACAGCAAAUUUAUUUGUUGCAUCGCCUUCUUCACACAACUUUCAGGAAAUAAAAAAAGACAUAUGAUAUGGGCCUACAUGGCAUUAAUAGAGGGAGAAAGGUACUAGUUGAAGUCACGGUACUCGUUCAGUAUGUGAUGGUGCGUUUCGGUUCCAGAAUGGCUGUAGAUGGCGGACACAGGGACGGUGGUUGCGACUGGGACGGCCGGUGGAAUCAUGUGACCAAGUUUUUGGAGCGACCUGGCCCGUUCACCCACCCUGACUUUGAGCCAAGCACUGAGUCUCUACAGUUCCUGUUGGAGACGUGCACGGUUCUGGUCAUUGGAGCAGGAGGGCUCGGAUGUGAACUGCUCAAAGAUCUGGCCCUGUCUGGGUUUCGCCUCAUUCAUGUGGUUGACAUGGACACCAUUGAUUUGUCCAACCUCAACAGGCAGUUUCUUUUCAGGCCCAAAGAUGUUGGACGACCAAAGGCAGAAGUGGCCGCCGACUUCAUCAACAGUCGUAUCCCCGGAUGUAAAGUGGUCCCUCACUUCAAAAAGAUCCAAGACUUUGAUGAUUCUUUCUACCGGCAGUUCCACAUCAUCGUCUGCGGACUGGACUCCAUCAUCGCCCGGCGCUGGAUGAACGGGAUGCUGAUCUCCCUCCUGAGCUAUGAAGACGGAGUCCUGGACCCCAGCUCCAUCAUCCCGCUCAUUGACGGAGGAACGGAGGGCUUCAAAGGAAACGCCCGAGUCGUUCUCCCCGGCAUGACGGCGUGCAUCGACUGCACACUGGAGCUGUACCCGCCGCAGAUUAAUUUCCCCAUGUGCACCAUUGCGUCAAUGCCGAGGCUACCGGAACAUUGCAUUGAAUAUGCCAGAAUCUUACAGUGGCCAAAAGAUAAACCAUUUGGAGAGACCAGCUUAGAUGGAGACAAUCCAGAGCACAUCCAGUGGGUGUUUGAAAGAGCCCAAGAAAGAGCUGCACAGUUUAACAUAACAGGAGUGACAUACCGACUCACUCAAGGAGUUGUGAAGAGGAUCAUUCCUGCUGUGGCAUCAACCAAUGCUGUUAUUGCUGCUGCCUGUGCCACUGAAGUUUUUAAAAUUGCAACAAGUGCGUAUAUUCCUUUAAACAAUUACCUGGUGUUUAAUGACGUGGAUGGACUGUAUACCUACACUUUUGAAGCCGAACGAAAGGAAAAUUGUUCAGCUUGCAGCCAGGUGCCUCAGGAUCUCCAAUUCCCUUCUUCUGCCAAAUUACAGGAUGUGUUAGAGUACCUCACGGAGAACGCCUCUCUACAAAUGAAAUCCCCGGCUAUCACCACAACUCUGGAAGGGAAGAAUAAGACGCUGUAUUUGCAGUCUGUUAAGUCCAUCGAGGAACGAACAAGGCCAAACCUCUGCAAGACUUUGAAAGAGCUGGGCUUGUCGGAUGGACAGGAACUGGCCGUGGCCGACGUCACCACGCCUCAGACGGUUCUCUUCAAGCUCAAUUUCACCACCUGAGCUUUCAUUGCGAAACCGAGGUCGGCUUCAAUCUGAAUGCAAACGGCUGUUACGGAGAUGUUGCAUUCGCCCUCUUGAUAUGAUGAUGUAAAUAAGAUGAGUGAGGUCUCGCUUUAUUGGACUGGUUGAAAUAGGAAUAUGAAAUCCUUUAACCAAAUUUUUUUUUUAAAUUAUUAGUAAUGGUUACUUCUUGUAUUUGUCUCUGUUUGGACUUCUAAUGUAGCUAUAUAUCCAAUGUCAAUCAAAUAAGAAUAUGAUGUGCACUAUGCUCUAAUAAAGUUUUAUUAUGGUUGAAGAAAAAAAAUCUCUUUUUAAAAGAUUUCUUUUGUCUCCAUUUUGAGGCAACUGGGC